CGUGACAGAGAGCGGGCGGCCCGAAUGGAGACCCUGCAUCAGCAGGCUGGUGGAGGAAAGACAGCUGCUGGUCUGAAUAAGGACCAGAAACCCGCUAAUGUUACGAGCGGAGCUCAGUACAAUGCACAGAGGAUGGCUCAGGCAAAAACAUUUUCUCCACCAACCUCUACUUCCUUUCCAAAAACUGUGGGCAGCCUGGCUCAGUCCCAUGUGGCCAGGGUUAAAGUGCCGGGCGGCUCGGCAGUCGGGAGCCCAAAUACCAAAGAUGUCAAACUAAUGCUGCUGGACUGGUGCCGAGUCAAGACUGAACCAUAUGAGGGUGUGAACAUCCAAAAUUUCUCAUCUAGCUGGGCAGACGGUCUGGCGUUUUGUGCCCUGGUGCACAGAUUCUUCCCAGAGGGCUUUGAAUAUUGCACUCUUGACCCCAAUGAUCGCAGGGCCAACUUUGAGAAGGCAUUCAAGACUGCAGAGAGACUAGCUGACUGUCCUCGCCUGCUGGACGUUGAUGACUUGAUGCGGAUGCGAGAGCCCGACUGGAAGUGUGUGUACACGUAUAUCCAGGAAUUUUACCGCUGCCUCGUUGAGAAAGGCCUUGUCAAGACUAAAAAGAAGGUGCCAUAGACACUUUCACAUUUUGAACAUUUUCACUCUAAAUAACCAAGGGACUACAACAGGCACACAACAUAGCACACACGUGAUCUGACCUGAAGCUUCAACCAAAGACCAGUCUAUUAUGUACUUCUGCUCUUCUCGGUUUCAUAUGUACACACAUGCAGUGGAUGAGGAUUAUAACCUGCGUGUUUUGCGCUCGGGUACAGCUGGGGCUCUGAAACAGCACAUUCCACUGAGAUUACACAUGCAUUAAUCUCAUUCUAUGCUCAGAGAUUGUGUGUGUGUGUGUGUGUGUGUGUGUGAGUGUAUGGCUUUUUAUGGUAAUGCUACUCCCUGUUUUGAAAGUGCUCCAGAACUGAGACAUCAGGUUUAUAAGGGCAUGAGAUUUAAUGUGGAAUUAUAUUUAACUUUAUUGUUUGUUUAAAAAUAUAUAGAAGGUCACUUUUACUAUUAUAUAAGAGUUCAGAAACAAAAACAAAGCCUUGAAAAUGUCUAAUUUGUUUCCUAUAGAUUAGAAAUGUCACCUGCUU